AAAUUAGGAAAUAAUGAGCUUAAGAGUCACGCAGAAUGUUGAAUAAAUAAGUCCAACAUGAAUCCACGAUAAUGAAAACGUUUCGAUCUUUAAUGACGGUCUUCCUCAGUAUGUAAAUUGUAACACAGGCUAUAAAACAAAACACAUAUAAAAAUCGCACUAUAUUAAUUACAAUAUAAAUUUAUCAAAUUAUAUUAAUAAUUCACAGAAAAUCUCCAAAUAUAAUCGCAGAGAGAAAUUUCGCGCGUUCAAAAUUUGCAUGUGAAAUUUGAAAAAGUCUGAGAUUUGCGAGAUUAGUACGAAGAAGAGGAUGCACCUGGCGGCCCCUCGUGUCCCCCGCGACUGCGUCCGUCCCUGACAAUCGCGAGACUCGCACGAGUGAGAGAGUGCGAGAGCUGCCGAGAGACCGUGAGACUGAGGAGCAUCGAGGAGGCGACAGACGCAUUCGCGAGCGAUGGGGUUCGACGUGGGCCGCUUCCAGAGCGACGUGGACGAGGAGCUCGUGUGCCCGAUAUGCUCUGGCGUACUCGAGGAUCCCGUUCAGCUUAUGGACUUGCAGGUGAGCAAUGUGUUACAGGCACCAGUGUGCGAACACGCUUUCUGUCGCACCUGCAUCAACGAAUGGAUAAAUCGUCAGCCUACAUGUCCCCUGGACCGUACACCCAUCACAUCCACUCAGCUUAGAGCGGUCCCCAGAAUUCUGAGGAAUCUGUUGGCCCGCUUGUGCAUCAAGUGCGACAACAUCAUGUACGGCUGCACCGUGGUUGUCAAACUGGACUGUCUGGCUAUGCAUCUCGAGCAAUGCGAGUACAAUCCGAAGAGACCGAUGCAGUGCGAGCAGGGUUGCAGCUUGAUCAUCCCCAAGAAUGAGCUCAAGGAUCACAACUGCGUGCGCGAACUUCGCAAUCUGAUAUCGCAGCAGCAGCAAAAACUGAAUGACAUGAAGCGCGAACUCGACGAGCAGCAGUUGCAGAUCAACGAGCAAAAACGCGAGAUCCAUCUGCUGAAAGACUUUAUGCGCGCGCUCAGAGUGUCGAAUCCGGCGAUGCGCGCGAUCGCCGAUCAGAUGGAGCGGGAUGACGUUGUCAGAUGGUCCGCGUCUCUGCCACGCGCUAGGGUUACCCGAUGGGGCGGGAUGAUCUCCACACCCGACGAGUUGCUACAGACAAUGAUCAAAAGAACUCUGUCGGAAUACAAUUGUCCUCCUCACGUGAUUGACGAGUUAAUGGAGAACUGCCACGAGAGAAAAUGGCCACCAGGUCUAAAUUCUCUUGAGACCAGACAGAACUCUCGACGACAAUAUGACAACUACGUGUGUAAAAGAGUGCCUGGUAAACAAGCGGUGCUGGUCCUCCACUGUGAUAAUAUGCACAUGCCGGAGGAUAUGAUGGUUGAGCCUGGGUUAGUGAUGAUCUUUGCGCACGGUAUCGAAUAGGAUCAUCGGACAAUUGUUUAUAAAUAUGAUUGUUAAUUGAUCAUGGAUCCAGAAGCACUGAUGUCACGUCACAGAGGGAGCGAAUUCGCUCAGUUAUCAUUUGCGAAUUGAUACAAGUCGCUCUGGAUCUUUGUAGAAUUAAUACGAGAAUCAUCAUCUGAUCGUCGUCAAGUUUUACUCGGAAAAUUCCUUCACCAGGAUACUUGCACGUUUACGGCUGAAGCCCUGAGAUUGCAAGAUUGUCCUUGAUGCGAAUUUAUUCCGAAGAUAAAUCGAAGCCGUCGAGCAUAUGAAAACGCGAUAUAAUGUUGCACACUGUCGCUCUUGUGAUACGCGAUUCUAGAGGCGCGAUUGUCGCGUACUGGAUCGAUUGGGAUUGUAAUUGUAAUCGAUACACCGGGAAAUAACAUUGGCAAACAUGUUUCUCGAUGCGUCAACGUUCGACUCGCCGUUAUCGGUUACCUCGAUCGAACCUCCAAUAGGAAGACUCAAUCGAGUAUCUGGAUCGUUGCACUGUGAUAUACCACUUCGGUGAGAAACCUCCUGAAAUCGCGUGAUAAAUGACCGACCACCGCCUCUCCUUCUUGGCCGGUCGAUUGAUCGAAUUGUAUAUUUUUUCGUCGGCGGUUCGUUUAUCGUCCAUUUCAGGAUCAUUUACGGAUACUUAGAAGUCUGUGAAUGUUUUACUAUAAUACUUUAGAGAAAGAGAGAGAAAGACAGAUGAGUGUAAGCGAUGAUUGAACAUUCUCAUUAUAGUAAUCUAAACACAAACGAGAAAUCUCAGAAUAGAUACAGAUUUGCCACAGUGUGAUCCGUUUUUAAACAUUUGACGCGUAUUAAUCCUGCCAGAAAUUGCGUUUUUUCUUCCUGCAAUUCUUUGCUAUCCAUAUCUAUCUCUCUGAUUUUUUUCUUUUUUCUCCUAGAAAAUUUAUUUAAAUUAUGCAUUUUAAAGAAGCUAAUCAUUAUCAUCGUCUAUUUGCUACGAAUCUAGGCAUUUCAUACAAAUUAUUACUAAUUGUUCUACGUUGAAUUAUGCCACAAAUACUUUUUGCUUAGUUGCUCUGAAUUGAUGACACGUUCUGCUUCCUCGUCGUAUCACUGUGUUAGGGUGUACUAUCGUUCUGUUAAAAAAAAGAUUGAAUUAAAAUUUUUCAUAAAGGCAUGCUAUCAAAAUAUUAUUUAAUAGUGUUGAGACACCGUACGUAAAUUAAUCAUUGUAACAAUUAAUUAACUUGUAUUGCUACAUUGACCUAUGAUUUGUGAAUCGCAUAAAAAAUAUAAAUGCUUUAUGUCUAAUAGCUUCUUAUCUUGCCAUGAUGUAUAGGACCAAGAGAUUAUUAAAAAUUCUUUUUUGAUAGUAAUCUUCUUCGAUCUUGUAAUCUAUUUUUAUAAGAUAAUGUCGCGUAAUAAGGUAGGAUAAAGGCGUUGGAGUUCGUUCUCUCGGAAACACGACUGUACCUAGUACAGAAUAUAUAUUGCGUUACUUCCAAUAAGUCUUCGAAAAAGUCAGAUACAAAUACGCUAGAAAACGAGAGUAUUGUAUUGUCUUUUGUACCUUUUUGUCUGAUAAAUUAUGUUAUCUGAUAAAUACCGUGAGUUUUAAGUGUAAUAUUAUACGUCUAGAGAUUGUAGUAAGACAAUUCGAUAACAGGCUGAUUUUAUACGUGUAUAUAUAUACACACACACACAUAUAUAUAUACAUAUAUAUACACACACAUACACGUGUGUGAAUAUAUAUAGCAUAUAAUAAUUAUAAUAAAGCACAGAUUUUAUAUAUCACAAGUGAUUUAAUAUACCUUAUUUUUUUUUUUUACUUUGUGAUCAGGCUAUGCAAUUCAUAAAUCCCGCGAAAAACAAAUAGGCUUAAUCAAACAAAUAAUGUAACUUAUAUUGAUAGAUACGGCUUAUCAAUAGUAUACAAAUGUUGAAAUUAAACAUCACAUGAAACGUUUUUAAGGCUGUGAAUUCUGAUUUAAUAAUGAAUCAUGCUGUAUGAUUUUCCACACUUGAUAUAUUAAAUCUCUACUAAAUGUCAUGACAAAUCAUUAUUUUGUCAACAUAACCAUAAUGACAAUUUAAAAAGAUCUUUUUUACAAUAAAAAAGCAACUAUUUCCAAAGUUAUUGUAUUAAAAAAACGAUUCAUGUAUGGAUCAUUUUCUAAAUGACAACAUUUUGACAUUUGUGGAAUUAUUAUUCAUUGUUUCUUGGAAAGUUAUAAUUUAUCUCGUUGUUAAGUUAAAAUCGUCAUUUGCGCAUAGUUUUUACGAUUUUGCACUUGUAGGAUAGUUAGUAAUAAUGGUAUAUGAUUUGCUAUGAUAUUGGGCAAUGCUGAUUUAGCAGAUUGUAUUUAUAGAUGCAUUUUAUUCUUUGCGCUUUUAUUAAAAUUUUCCGAAUGUUGUGCUGUAGUCGCAAAUUAUUUCAUUAUGAUCAGUGAUACGACGCCGUGUCUCGACAAAGAGGUAAGCGCUAUGUUAAAAUGGCGAUUUUU